AUACUUUAAAAUGGAUUGUGAUAAGGUUUCCUGAAAGUUCUCUCUUUAUCAACACUAGAAAGGUCGGUUUCUAAGAAGUUGCAGGCCCAAAGUCUUGUUUUUUUUUACUAGAACAUGAUGCUCUUAGUGAUUUCUUGUGGAUUGUUGAUACUUGGUUUCUGAAGUCAUUGUGUGCACUCUACACUGUGCUGUUCACAGAUGAAGUUUAUGUUGCCAAGUAUGUCCUGGUUUAACUGCAACAGCUCGAAGAAAGAUGUAGCCUUGGUAGAAACCGUGACAUCCACGGCUUCUCUCCUUGAACAGCCUGAUCAAGGGAGAGGCUUGUUUGGUAUAAAAGUAUGGACUUGGUCCCUCGGUUCUGUUAUUCCAUGGGCUGCAACUUCUGGUGAGAGAAAGCAGAAACCCACCACUGUAAACAGAGGGUUGAAAAGGCAUGCCGUGUCUUGCAAGUCUUCCAGGUCAAGUAGUGUGAGUACUGUUUAUAGGUUUAGACCCUAUGUGUCCAAGGUUCCUUGGCACACAGGACUGAGGGCGUUUCUCUCGCAGCUUUUCCCGAGGUACGGCCAUUAUUGUGGACCCAACUGGUCUAGUGGGAAAGAUGGUGGUUCACUGGUAUGGGAUCAGAGGCCUAUUGACUGGUUAGACCAUUGCUGUUAUUGCCAUGAUAUUGGUUAUGAUACUCAUGACCAGGCAGAGAUGUUAAAAGCAGACAUGGCGUUUCUUGAGUGUUUGGAAUCAAACAAGCGCGUUGUUACAAGGGGAGAUGCGCACGUUGCUUUCUUUUACAAGACAAUGUGCAUAACAGGUCUCAAAAGCAUACUAAUACCUUAUAGAAGCUACCUUGUGAAGAUACAGUAUGGGCAAAACCAACUCGAUUUUGGCUGGAUAUUGAGUAACUUUAGCAAGAGAAGCUGAAAGUUCCAGAAGACUUGAGACACAAGGAAAGCAAAUUGGAGUUACUCUACAAUCCCUGUAAGCCUUUUCUCUGUCAAGUUUCGUUUUGUACAUAGAAGUUGUAAAGAGAAGGAAACUGAGAAUUAGGUUCUGUACUAUUACAUAAAUAAACAUUUAACAUGAAACUAUAGAAACGCUUGUAAGUGGUGUGCUAAACAUAAACUCUAUGAACUAUAAAAUAAUUUCUUUAUGAGGAGUUUCUGAUGAUGUUGCA